AUGGCUACUUCAGCCAAGUCAGACCUUGAGGGGAAAAUGGAUAAUUUUGUCAUCGGUAUCAUUGGUAUGGGUGACAUGGGCAAGAUGUAUGCCCGCAGGCUCAGCGAUGCUGGAUGGAGAGUGAAUGCCUGCGAUAGGGAGGAGAAAUAUGAAGCCUUGUGUGAAGAGUUUGCAGAUAGAAAACAAAUUACAAUUCUUCCCAAUGGCCAUCUCGUUUCCAGAGCAAGUGAUUACACUAUUUACAAUGUCGAAGCCGCCGCGAUCGGCAAGGUUGUAGCUGAAUAUGGUCCCUCCACCAAGCAAGGUGCGAUAGUAGGAGGACAAACCUCAUGCAAAGCUCCUGAGAUAGCAGCAUUUGAGAAAUAUCUACCUCCUGAUGUUGAAAUCGUAUCUUGCCAUUCCCUCCACGGUCCCAAUGUUGAUCCUCGAGGUCAACCUCUUGUCUUGAUCAAACAUCGUGCUUCUCAAGAAAGUUUCGAAAAAGUCGAGCAUGUACUCUCCUGCCUCGGCUCCAAACAGCAUGUCCUCUCAGCAUCUCAGCACGACCGUAUCACAGCAGAUACCCAAGCCGUCACCCAUGCAGCCUUCCUAUCCAUGGGUAAAGCCUGGCACGCCAACCUUCAAUUUCCCUGGGAGAUAGCCCGUUACGUUGGAGGUAUCGAAAACGUCAAAAUCAAUCUGACUCUUCGUAUUUAUUCUCAAAAAUGGCAUGUCUACGCCGGUCUCGCCAUCCUGAACCCUUAUGCCAAAGAACAGAUUAGAGAGUAUGCACAAAGCGUGACAGAUCUAUAUAAGUUGAUGCUGGGAGGGCACCGAAGAGAGCUAGAAGAGCGAAUCAAGAGUGCAGGACGAUUUGUCUUUGCUGGGCGCAAAAAGUCCGAUGAAUUACUCUUGCGAGAUGAAGUGCUUGAUCGUUUUUCCUUGGGCAAGAAACCCGAGAAACCUACUCCAAAUAAUCACCUCUCUCUACUUGCCAUUGUGGACUGUUGGGCCCGUCUUAAUAUUAUUCCCUACGAUCAUAUGAUCUGUAGCACGCCUCUCUUUCGUCUUUGGCUCGGUGUCUCGGAAUAUCUGUUUCGAAAUGAGAAAUUGUUAGAUGAGGUUAUCAAUACAGCUAUUGAAGACAACACAUUCCGUUCUGAUGAUUUAGAGUUUACGUUUGCGGCUAGAGGAUGGAGCGAGUGUGUAGAGUUUGGAGAUUUUGAGAGUUGGAAGGAUAGGUUUGAAAAAACGCAAAUGUUCUUCGCUCCAAGAUUCCCGGAGGCAACGAGAGUAGGUAAUGAGAUGAUGAAGACAAUUUUGGCAAAUAUCAAGGAUUAG